CAGAAAAACACAAAAAUCGCCAUGGAACGUGUCAAGCAUGUAAGAAGUCACACAAAAAGAAUGAUAAACGGUAAUGAAAGAGUACCAUUUCUUGAAGGAUUAGGAAAAGAAAUCAUUAACGGAGAUUUGGAAAACGCGUUUGUGAUGCUUGAUACACUGGAAAAACAAGGGAACCUCAAAUGGCUACAGAUGUAUCAUAACCCUAACCACGAAGGCGAGACUCUCCUCCAUUUGGCAGUAAAAUACCAUGACAAUGAAUCCUUUGUAAGAAAACUUUCAGAGUUAUGUCCUUCUUUGCUGCUUAUGGCAAGAGAAUUAUCCUUAGAGUUCUGCGGUCAAACAGCACUUCACAUGGCCAUUACCAAAGGAAACAUUGAGGCUAUUCAGGUCAUGCUCGAAGUUGGUCAGUUCAAGGACAUUCAGAUGGCAACUUUGUUGCAUACGCGAGCAACCGGAUCUCGAUUCGUGAAUACGGUUAUGAUGGGACAGCUUCCUUUGACAGUCGCUGCUCUAAAGGGAAAUGCCGAUAUUGUUGAUAUUUUGCUGCAGUAUGGGGCUGAUAUUCUUAUUCAAAAUGAGGAGGGUGAUACAGUAUUUCACUCACUGAUAAAGUAUUCUGCGACAUAUCCGGAGAAGGUUGUGACAAUGCUGCAUAUGCUGCGAUAUCUCAAUCAGAAGAUAGAGAAGAAAGAUCGAGACAAAAGUACAUAUGAUUAUUCUGGAACAGAUAUGUAUCGAGAACCACAUUCAUUCGUAUGGUUUUUGAAAAAUAACGACAAUAUGUCCCCACUGCAACUUGCCGCAAAGCAUGGAGUAACAGAGCUUUUUGAAGAAAUUUUAAACAUAAAGGAUGUGUACUGCUUCAUCAGUGCAAACGACGGGUUGUUUGAUGUCAAAGAAUAUGAUGUUACAGAGAUAGAUACUGUCAGCAUUAUUCGGGCCUUAACCCAUCGCCAUCCAUCUUCAGUUUCAUACAAAAAGUCAAUUCCGCAACACAUUCAUGGAAUAGCAAAAACCGUUGUUCAUUCAAAUGAAACACAAUGUGCACCUUGUGGAGGACGAUGCUGCUCUUACCCUGAAACAGAAUCAAUACUGGAAAUGCUUUUUCAAUUUGGCUACGAUAACAAAGACGCAUAUCGUAUCAUCGAGCUUGCACCAGUGAAAAAUAUCAUUAAAAUGAAAUGGCAGAGUUAUCAGUGGUUUUUCAUUUUAUGGAUGGUUUUUCAUUAUUCCUUUAUGAUAAUGUUAACAAUAUACAGCGUCUACAAUGUCGAAUUGAGCAUUCCUACAGGAAAUACUGGCGGCGUCAAUACAACAGCUUAUUCGGAAAAUUUUGUUUAUGGAUUUAGAUGGGUAUCGUUUUCGGUUGGAAUUCUUUAUGGCUUUAUUGCGAUCUGUUUGCUCAGCGCCAAAAUCCGGAAAAACAAUAUUCGAGGUUAUUUUCUUCAUAAUUUGGAAUAUAUAUUUCCGAUGCUGAUACUAUCCGUAAUGAUGAUAGUGGAUGUCCUCUGGAGUAUUACAGAACAACACGACAACAUACCUUUAAUAAUUGCUCUAGUAUGUGGCUGGUGGCUAAACAUAUUUUUUCUAUCACCAAUAAAACAUUUCAGUUUUUUCACAGAAAUGAUCAAGCGUGUAAUCAUUGGUGACCUCUUCCGCUUUGGGUUGGUCAUACUUUUUGGGCUUUUUUCGUUCACUGCCGGAAUGUACAUGGUCUUUCGAGGAUCAGAGGAGAUGCAAAGCGAUUUUACAUCUUACGGAAGUACGAUGAUGGCGAUGUUUAAGCUUGGAAUCGGCAUCGAGGACAUAAAUGUUCUUUAUUCAGCGCGUAUUCCUUGGGUUGCGAUAACAAUUUUUGCACUUUUUACCAUCUUUACUUACUUGCUUAUGUUGAAUGCUUUAAUAGCCAUGAUGUCACAGACUUGCUCUCUUGUGUUAGAGGAACAAUUUCCACAAUGGCGCGUGCAACAGCUGUCAGUUAUUUUGUUUAUUGAGGACAUUAUUUGUCUCUGCUGUUUUCAAACUAUUCUCUCAUGUGCUGGUACAAAAAAGAGAAUUCGAGGUUCUGAUCCAAUAACAAAACAAAUCAAAUACGAAGAUCGCUAUUUCCUCGAAAUUCACUCUCUUCAUAUGGAGUAUGCAACCACUGAGGAUAAAGUCUGGGCCAAAAAGAAAUCAAACGAGAUGCAGACACUGCACCCUCAACUUAAUGUAAACGAUACACUGAUGACCACGGACUAUCAUGAUCAUCCCGUGAUAACAUCCAUCUCUCCUAUACGCCCAAGUGUAAAGAGAAUGUCCAGCAGAAAUUUAGAUGCAAGUGUCCGUGAGCCAAUAAAGCCUACUGUUGAAAACGCUGGGUCUGAUAUUCUCCAGCCAUCUUUCCGGCGGAAGAAGUCAACAAAGGAAAAGAAACGCAAACCGCUAGAAAAGCUUGACGAAAUGAACACAGAAGAGGAACAAGAAGAAAAUGGACAAUAUCUCAGACAAGUGUCAUCGAAAUCACCGGAAGUCCUAUCUGACAGAAGUCCGACAAGAAAACCUACUCCGAAAUCUCAGCGUAAAAGAUAUUUAUCUGAAAACGACAAAGAACUACGGAGUCAAGGGGUUCAGCAUUCUCCUGUCGUGGAAAUAGAUCCUCCCGUCUAUCGCGUUAACCUUGCAAGGGUUCCAGUCAAUGGGCUCAAUAUUAAGAACGGAGCGAAAGAAAUAGAGUACGAAAUCAGAAACCUGACUUAGUCAUACUCGGGCCAAACAUUUGUCUGUGAUUAUUAGAUGCAAUUUUAUAGAUUAAUCAAUAAUUUGAAGCGUGAUUGACUGUGAUACCAUAUAGUUUACUAUUGC